AUGUCCUUGUUUGUCCUCUGCGGCCAGUGGAGCGUUUCCGUGACUUGUGUCCUGAGGAAGUGGCUGAUUUAUUUUGUACGGCGCAAAGGGUUGGCAACGUGGUGGAGAAACACUUCUGCGGCACCUCGCUCACCAUCUCGAUUCAGGAUGGCCCUGAAGCUGGACAAACGGUGAAGCACGUUCACGUCCAUGUGCUUCCAAGGAGAGCUGGAGACUUCAGACGGAAUGAUGAUGUCUACGAGGAGUUGCAACAACAUGACAAAGAGGAUUCUCCUGACAAGUGGAGGACAGAAGAAGAAAUGGCAGCUGAAGCAGCAAUUCUGAAGAAGUAUUUUCAAGAAAAUUAAAGGGAACAAAGUGUUGGAAAAACAUCCUGUGACAUAAAAGACACCUCAGAAAGAAAGACCUCAUUCUCCAGUUCUCAGUGGCCCUGGAGCUGCAGCUGAACAAUUUUAUUAUGUUCUACAAAUAUGGGAAUCUUCCAUGAAAAAUUUUAUUGGACCUUUGGAUAUCAUCAGGGUUGAAUUUCAGCUAAGACAACUAACAGCACUGAUUCAAAAUAUUACUCUGAGUAGUAACUCAUAUCUUGCUGAAUUGUGUACUUGGGAAUGAAUCUUUUUAAAUUGUCCCUCAGCCUAAAUUGAAAUAAAGCCGUAACAAAAUCAGGUAGCUCCCGUGUUUAGGUGCAUUACAGAGUGUUACUC